GCGGCAGCGCGCGCGCGCGCGCGCGGGCGGUCGCGAGGCCGCGAGCCUAUUUAUAACACGCGGCGCGGCCGUGUGAGCGCCGCACGCACGCAGCAGCAGCGGAAUCUCGACGGCGGCGACAUCAUGGGGCGGGUGCCGUGCUGCGAGAAGGACAACGUGAAGCGCGGGCAGUGGACGCCCGAGGAGGACAACAAGCUGCUCUCCUACAUCACCCAGUACGGCACCCGCAACUGGCGCCUCAUCCCCAAGAACGCCGGGUUGCAGCGGUGCGGGAAGAGCUGCCGGCUGCGGUGGACCAACUACCUCCGGCCCGACCUCAAGCACGGCGAGUUCACCGACGCCGAGGAGCAGACCAUCAUCAAGCUCCACUCCGUCGUCGGCAACAGGUGGUCGGUGAUCGCGGCGCAGCUUCCGGGGCGGACGGACAACGACGUGAAGAACCACUGGAACACGAAGCUGAAGAAGAAGCUGUCCGGGAUGGGCAUCGACCCCGUCACGCACAAGUCCUUCUCGCACCUCAUGGCCGAGAUCGCCACCACGCUGGCGCCGCCGCAGGUGGCGCACCUCGCCGAGGCCGCGCUGGGGUGCUUCAAGGACGAGAUGCUCCACCUCCUCACCAAGAAGCGCCCCUCCGACUUCCCCUCGCCCGCCGUGCACGACGGCGCCGGCGCCGGCGCCAGCGCGUCCGCGCUCGCCGCGCCCUGUUUCCCCGCCGCGCCGCCGCACCACCCGCAGGCCGACGACACCAUCGAGCGCAUCAAGCUCGGCCUGUCCCGCGCCAUCAUGAGCGAUCCCUCCACCGCCUCCGCCGCCGCCGCCGCCGCCGCGCCCUCCGCCCCCGCGGAGGACAAGCCGUGGCCGCCCGGCGACAUGUCCGAGGGGCUCGCCGGGAUGUACGCCACGUACAACCCGGCGGCGCACGCGCACGCGCAGGCCCAGGCCGAGUUCCGGUACGACGGGGCCUCCGCGGCGCAGGGCUACGUCCUCGGCGGCGACGGCGACCAGGGCACGUCGAUGUGGAGCCACCAGAGCCUGUACAGCGGGAGCUCCGGCACCGAGGAGGCCAGGCGGGAGUUGCCGGAGAAGGGCAACGACAGCGUCGGCAGCAGCGGCGGCGACGACGACGCCGCGGACGACGGCAAGGACAGCGGGAAGGGGGCAGCCUCCGACAUGUCGGGCCUGUUCGCCUCCGACUGCGUGCUCUGGGACUUGCCCGACGAGCUCACGAAUCACAUGGUGUAGCUAAGCUAUAAAACGCGGGAAAACUUAGCACGGCGAAGCACGCCAUGAUCCACAUCACUUGCAGUUGCAGGUGGUGAGAAUUGGAUAGAGCGAAAAAUUGCUACCAAUAAUAUUGCUGAAAGAGUGACAGAAAAAGUGAAAAACUAUAGUAUGUAGCUGGCAAGAAAAAUGGGGAUUCUUUUUGCUUGGAAAAGAGAAAAAAAAGUGAGAUGUGAAUAGUUUUACCGAGAAGCACUGAUUGAUUGAGUGAUUGAGCCGGAGGCCAAGGUAUUUUUCCAGUCCUCUGCUUCAGUCGCACUCCAUGAGCAAUGGAUAAUUCAAUUCAGUUCAGACA